AUUUCCUGAAAGACUGAGACAGCCUAGUUUAAUUUGCGCGAAAAACAAGUGCAGGUUUUGGAACAUCGUACUAUUUGGAAAAUAAAGGAGUAACAAGGUCCUACUAUACUUUUACGAAGUACGCACCUAGUAAACAUUUCUAUACUAUUGGAGGACGUGAAAUAAGAAACAUAGACAGUAACAAACAGGAAAUAUUUAUUGGGGCUGGAAUUUUCAUUGCGGUCUUUGAGGACAAUUACGUCCAAUAAUGAUGGGUUGAACAAUUUCCGGUUUGGGAGUACCUAUGUAUGCUGUGGCUAUUUUUUAUAUUUUAUUUGUAAUUUGCGCAUCUUCCGAAAAGAUUAGUUCAUUUUCAGUCAAAUGCUAUAAAUAGCUUCUCUUUGUGCCCAGCCCAUAAUUUUCAAGCGGUUGCACGGAACUCUGGGAUAACACCGGGCGCGCUAACUUGUAAAUUUUAUGCAAAUCUCAUUUAGUUUUUGCGUUGGAUAUUCUUUCUCAGUUCCCUCACCAACACCCUCUCGAAUCAUCUCCUCUAAAUGUGGAAGUUUUAAAACCAGGAAAGGGAGAAUUUUUGCGUCGUGAUGUCGCUCGAUUCGUCAAUGAAGAAGCGAACCAACCUCCUGAGCAUCGUAGACAGACUUGUUAAGAAGAGCGAGACAAAAAAUAGUGCCGUCGUCUCGAAAAAGCAGGAAGUACCAUUGUCAUCUCCAAGGCCAGCUGUUUCUAUAAGGUCAUAUUUAUUGCCGCCCACACCAUCCUCCGGCCCAGGGUCACCUGCCCUUAGCGACCAAGAGAGUAAUGGUGAAGAGGAACUAGCAAGUGACAAAGCAGAUGCUGUACAAGAUGAAAAGGAAGAAAUUAAGAAAGAUGGUGUUCGCAAGGAGCCCUUGAGGUGUGAUGUUUGUGGAUUAAGAGUGUUCAAAUCUUACCGUUUUGUCAACCGAACCAGUGCUCCAGUUCACUUGAAGAACUUUGUCACUCCAGACCAUGACCGUAUCAGAGUUUGCAAGCGGUGCUUCAGCUCUCGAGAGCGUUGCCGGCAAAACUUGGCACUUAUACUGCUGCGUUCCAAAACCAGCCAAAUGAUUCACCUGCGGACACCUCUUGGAGUCACCUAUGAUCGUGCCACCAAAGCUAUGGAUUACAUUGCACGAGACCUUAGGAAAGGACUCAAAAGGCCUUAUGAAGACCUUCUGUGCGAUGAAACAAUGGCUGAUGAAGAUGAAAUGGAGGAUGACAGUGAGAGGUUCUUGUUAAAUGGUGAUGAAACAAAGAGCAAAGAGGUUCCAAUUCCCAAACUUUUUGCAGCAGAAAAUGGAAAUGCUAAACGAGGUGCAGUGGCAACAGCACCUGUCCCAAUUAAGAAUAUUGGGAUUGUUACAGUGGUGAGACCUCACAGUGGAAAGUACAACUCCACGCCGAACUGUUUUACAAUCUACGGAGAAGUCAGUGACUUGAAUGUUAAGGAGAAUGCGAGUGAGAAAGCUGAGAAACAGAAAGAAAAUGCCCUUGCAAUUAAUGUGUCAGAAAAUCUUAGUAAACUUGUGGAUCGCAAUAUUUCAUUAUCUCCAACUGUGAAUACAACUGCAACUUCUGAGAUAAACACUAUAAACAACAAGCUGACAUUUUUGGACCACGCAUAUGCCCUACCACCACCCAAAGGAAAGGCAUCAUCUUCUCCCAGGACCAUGACGAAGUCAGUAAAGCAACCUGUACCUAAGGAAGCGAAAGUACUCAACACUGUAAAACAAGAGCAACAGAAGAAGACAGCAGCUGGAGAUGGACAAUCAACACCUCCAGAGAGAACUUGUGGAAUUGUCUGCUUCCAGUGUGACAAGCUGGUCACAAAAUCAUACAGCUGCUACAAGAAAGAAAAUGCUCCAGAGAAAAUCAAACAUCUUUUUACCCCUGGGGUGAAAGUUGUUAAAGUUUGUCGUAGAUGUAUGCCUUAUAAGAAACCCAAAGACAGUGAAGAUGCGGCCGGAACAGGAAAGGGUAAAGCAAAAAUAAUCAAGGGGAAACUUGCAAAGCUUCACAGUGCAAAGCUGAUCAAAAAUGCAAAGUCAGCUGGAAAAGUAAAUGCUGCAAAGACAACUGAAAAAACAAAGGUUGCAAGUCUUGAAAAGAACAUUGUUAAGUUGCCAACAAAGGAUGAAAAGAAAAGAAAGGACAGCCCCAAGGAUGAAAAGUUGAAGCUUCUUCCUGCUUCAAAAAAGUUGUGCUCGUUAGCAGUACAGACAAAGAAAGCUCCUGUUUCAAAAGGAACAGUGACAAAGGAGAGCAAGGCUGUGCCAAAAGGUAUUCGUCCUCCAAUAAGAGAGGAACUAAAAGUUGAAGUCACAAAAUCAAUCAUCCCCAAAGGUGCAAAUAUAGUGAGUGGUAAGACAUUGACAACGUCGCCAAAGAGUGGUGCACAGAUGCAGAAAAAUGAUGGCAGUGCAGCAGAAAAGGCUAAGAGCAGUGCAAUCGAAAAGGAGAAUGCCGCAGUAAGCAAGGACAAAUCAGUCAAAGUGGAUUUUGGAACGCAGUCUAUGAAAUCCAUGAUUGGUAUAAACAAGGUUAAACCUAAAACCACUGAUUUGUCCUCACCAAAUGAGACUGUUACCAAAGAUGAAAAUGUUGCUGAGAAAGAGGUCACUGAGAAGGAGUCCACAGAGAAAGAGGUUGAUGUCAUGGAUGUGUCUGAGAAGCAAGAAACUGAGACAGAAGUUGCACCUGUUGAAUCAAAGUUGAGUGAAAAAGUUUCAGGGACAGAAAAAGAAAAAGAGACUGUUGUAACAACUGAUUUAGAAACCAGUGCCAAGGAGAAGAUUGAUGAAGAAAUGAAUACAAAAACAGGUGAUGCAGUUAGUACAGAAAAGGAUAAAACAAGCAAUGUACCAGAGGAGAACCAAUCAGAAACAAAGAAACUUAAGGACAACAAAAUGGAAUCCAAAAACACAGAAGAACCUGAUGUAACAAAACAAGACAAGGCAGAGGCAAUAGACUCUAAAAACAUUGCAGAUAGCAUAAUCACAAGAGGAAGAAGGUCAACCUCAAGAUCCCCUGUGAUAGCAAGAGAAACAAAAUCCACUGAAGCCUUAUCACCAAGGAAGGGAAGAAGUUCAGGUACCCCAGAAACAAAGCGAGAGGAUAAACAAAUAAUACCAACAAUUAUGACACGUAAAAGACUGGCUUCAUUUUCUGACCCAGAGGCAGAUAAAAAGGUGGACAACUCUGCAGGUGGUAAAAGGAGGGCUUUGGCUGCUGCUUUGUUGGAGAAGAUGUCUAGGAAAGCUGGUGACUCAUCAUUAUCUACUUCAGAUGUGGCCUCCAACAAAUUGAGGGUGGAGCAUCCUUAUGCAAAAGAUGAGAAAGAACCUGAGAAAGAAGUAAAAGGUCACUGCAUGACAAGAAGGAAUCAGAUGCCAGUGAAGUGUGCAGGAUGUAAUGAAAAAGUAGUGAAGUCCUACAGGUGCGUCAUGCGUGGAGAUGCACCCGUUCACAUCAAGCCAUUGUUUGCUCAACAGUCAGGAGAAAUGUUGCGCAUUUGCCGAAAAUGUGUCAAGAAAAAGGAAACAGGCAAUGCAAAGGCUAAUAUUAAAUGAGAGAUAAUUAAAUGGUGUUAAAUUAUUAUUAGUUGUUUACUGAGAUGCAAAGUGACAUAGCUAUGAAGUCCUGAAACUGUGUUCCAAAUAGCUUGAUACUAAACACAAUGUACUGGUAAUUUAUUUAUCCUAAAGUUAAGACUUAAAACACCAAGAUUGAGUAAUUGAGCACUUUGUGUCUGCUCAAUGCAUCCAGAAACUGCAACUAAUUUGGUUAAAUUUGAUUCAGUUUGCUCCUCAGUUGUUCUCCAUCAUAGGAUUAUUUUGAAGGGUAAAAAAUCUUAAUGCUAUUAAUUAACAUUAAAUGCAUCUUGGAAAUUAAUAUAAUUUAUUUGGAGUACCUUCAACAGGGUCACGGGGAGAGGGAGUGGCCAUUACUUGGGAGCCCUACUAAAAGCCUAAAACUUUUGCCAGGGUGACUGAAGCCCCACCAUUCGGCUUCUUUAAUAAUUAUAAUUACUAUCAUAAUUUUUUGUAUUUUAUUAGUUUUUCUUGAUUUCAAAAAUAACAUAUAAUUUAUUUUAUUAGACGCAACUAAGAUUUAUAAUAUUAUUUAUUACAAUAUCAUUUGCUACAGGGCCUUGAACCCUGAAAAUGUUUGCUGCAGGCCCUGCUAAGCCCUGUUCUUGUGGGGUCUAGAACCCUAAAGCACGGCUUUUUGACCCAGGAACCCUGGACCUCUUUGUGAUCCUGCUUUAACUCUUUCAGUUCUAGGCUUAAAAUGUCAAUUCUCCUUACCUUUUUUAUAUUUGUGUAGUGUUUAGUGCUGAGAAAUUGAUAGUCAUUAAGUCAUUGUUCAAAACUUGAUAAUGCUGUCAUGAUAUGAGGAGAAGUGAGAGUUUGAUUGCCUUGGGUUUAAAUGCUUGAAGACCUUUAAAUGGCAAGUUUCAUUGUGGAAAAUUCUGUGAAAAAUGAUAGAUUAUAUUAUUCAGUACAAGACUGCACCACAAAAUUCUUCGAAGCAACACAAGAGGGUUCCUCUUAUGUUGCUUGCUUGUCUUUGGGCCAGCCUUAGUUUUAUUUCAUUUAUGUUAACUUUUUGUGGCAGUUUUUACCUUAUCUUUUUUAACUUGAAAAUGGUGUCGUGAUGACUCUGAAACAUUGUUUGCUUUUAUCAUUAAUUUUCUCUUGCUUAUGCAUUACAGAACCUUUGCUUGAUAGAAAUAACACUAUUGUAAAGGCCAAUCAUGUAAGACCUGGUUUACAAUUGAGUUGAGGUUUGAUAGUCCUUUGCAUUACCAGGUCACACAGUACAAGAUCAGACCUGCUGGGUUGCAGUUACACUGUGGGUAAUUUGGGUGUGGACAAAACGUGGGGUAGGCCAUGGCCUACCCUGUGGCCUACCCUAUGGCCCACCGAUGGUCAGAUUUUCAAAAACAUAAAGAAAACAUCAGUAAGAGUCAAAUGAGUAAGGUGGCAUAAAACUAUAUCCCCUGGUGGGUUCUUGUAUCCCUCUAAUAGGGGUAAGACUAACUAACACUAACACUAACACUAACACUAACAGUUACUAAUGCCAUUCAUUACAUGUUUACACUAGCACUCCACUAUAUGUUACAAACUGGCAGCUGGUAUGGAUUGUGGAGCCCCCAUUUUGUAAACUCUCAGCGACCAUGUAAUAUCGGCCCUUCCCCCGAGGGGGGGAUCCCAUAUAUAAAUGACGGGGGUGCUUGCCAUACCUUUUAGGGGUUAAAAACGCAGUUUUGGUACCUCUUAUAGUGUUUAGCCUCAAA